AUGAGUCGCGGUUCCUGCACUGUGUUUAUCGGAAACAUACCCUAUGGAGUCACGGAGGAUAUGCUGCUAGAACGCUUGCAGCAAGUAGGUCCGGUGGUGAGUCUACGCAUCCUUUACGACAAAGAGACCGGCAAACCGAAGGGCUACGGUUUCUGUGAGUACCGCGACCCUGAGACAGCUGAGAGUGCUGUACGGAACCUCAAUGAGCGCAUAGAGUUCGGAGGACGAAUGCUGCGGAUCGCCCCGAGUUCGCAGACUCGGAAUCAGGCAAGUGCUGGCGGGUCCACUGCACCGGGGGCAGGAGCAGCGCCCGAGGGCGGACGAUCGGGCCCUGGGCUGGGUCCUGGAGCUUCAGCAGCAUCCUGGGGCGCUUACGACGCUCUUGCGGACGCUACCGCACCGUCACAGCCGACUGGACCGACAGUGACGGCUGCACAGGUAGUUCAACCGUUUUUGCUCCCAAGCGGACAGCCAUCUCUGCAGGGUCUCAGUCUCCAGCAGAUCUUCGAUGUGCUCGCUGAACUGAAGACGAUCGCCCAGCAGAAUCCCAAUGAAGUACGCGCGAUGUUGGCUGCGCAUCCACCGAUAGCGCAUGCGAUUCUCCAAGCCCAGGUUUUACUGGGCCUGCUCAGCGCUCAACAGGCACAGCAAUAUCUGCAGAGUAUGACGGCAUCGGUGACUACGAAUGCGAGCCUGGCGGCGAUGCAGAGGGUGCAGUCUGGUGCUGCAGCCGGCGCUGCUGCACCGCUGCCUGGAGGCAUCGUUCCGGGUCAAGGCGCUGCGACUGAAGAGGCUCUGAUUCAACAGUUAAUGUCGCUGACCCCAGCGCAGAUUCAAGCGCUGCCUCCGGAUCAACGGCAACAGGUGCUUGCGUUCCGGAUGCAAAUGGCUGCCCGGCGCUAG